GUUCUUUUAUAAGUUGCAUCUUGAACUCACCAACACAGGACUAGUUGAACAAACCUAGAGCCGGCAAAAUGGUCCAGUGGUCAGAUGCAGAGCGUGCCACCAUCCAAGACCUCUUCAGUAAGUUGGACUAUGAGGCCGUUGGCCCUGCAACUCUUUGCAGGUGUCUGAUCGUCUAUCCCUGGACUCAGAGGUAUUUCGGCAACUUUGGAAACCUCUACAACGCAGCCGCAAUCAUGGGAAAUCCUCAGGUUGCAAAACACGGAGUAACUAUCCUCCACGGUCUGGACCGGGCUGUGAAGAACAUGGACAACAUCAAGGCGACCUAUACCGAGCUGAGUGUGCUGCACUCCGAGAAACUGCACGUGGAUCCCGACAAUUUCAGGCUCCUCUCCGACUGCCUGACCAUUGUGCUCGCUGCUCGGAUGGGCAAAGCCUUCACUGCUGAGGUCCAGGCCACUAUCCAGAAGUUCAUGGCCGUGGUGGUGUCCGCCCUGGGAAGGCAGUACCACUAGAGAGCUGCGGCAGAAGACCAUCACACGCUGAUCACAAAAAAAAAAUCAUUUUUUUGUCAUGUCUCAGAGGAUGAAUAAAUAAAAGAAUACGCAUACUCA